AUCUUUACCUUCGAGGUGAAGUUCGUUACGUUUGUUUGCAUCGCCCACAAAAACAAAUACUAAUAUACUGUUGCUACUUCAUUUCAUCGACUAUUUAUUUUAUCCAAAUCACAACUUGAACACAUUCAAAGUAUAGAGUGUAACCGCUAAUCAUAAAUUCAUUGAGUAAACUUUUAGUUUCCAUUUUUUCACUUUUGUUAUUACCAUCAAGACUCGACUAAUUGUAAUGAAAAUGUUGUGGAUACAUUUUUUGGUGAUCCUUUUUGGUCUAGUUGCUUGUGAUGAUUUUGAUGACAAUCCCAUUCAAUAUCAUUCCCAAAGUGAAAAAGGAUCUUACAAGUUUGGUUACGAUACUGGAUCAUCGGGUGCCCAUCAGUUUCAUCAAGAAUCCAAAGACGAAUCUGGAGUAGUUCGAGGUAAAUACGGUUACACUGAUCCUGAAGGUAAAUUGAGGUUGGUUUACUAUUCAUCUGGAAGCAAUGGGUAUCAAGCAUGGGGUCCUGAUAUCCCUCAACCCGUUUCACCGCCAGCCUCGGUUCAAGCAGUUAAGGAACCCUUGAAAGCUCCAUAUGAAGCCAUUGACUCGUCAAAAGUUUCAUCUCGAUUUUCAUAUCCUCAGUCUCCAGCCGCUCGAAUUGCAGCUCUUAAAUCAUCUAAGAUCGUCGCAGUUCCUACCACGCCAUCCACAAAGUCAGUCCAACGAGAAGAGUACAAUACGAAAACACUUUACAGUCCAGCAGACGCUGUCCGAGCGCGCUACUCUUCAAGUGUCUCGAGUAAAACUGCUCCAAUCAGACAAGUAGAGGUUAAAGGAGGAUCACCGAUUGUUGUCACUCAACAAGUGAAAUCAGGUGCCAUUAAAGGAGGAAACAGACCAGUGCCUAUAACUCCAGCUCAGUAUAAAGCAAAUUAUCCUCCAGCUGGAAAGUACAGUCGCUGCUACUGCGAAUAGCUGCCAUUUUAUACAUAAUUUAAUAUCAAACUUUUUGUUAAACAAAAUAUCAUUUUUAUUGAAAUCACCAGCUAAUUGGAGAAACACUUUUUUCAAUCAACUCUUAUCAACUUUAAAAUAAAGUUUACUUUAAGAUUA